AUGUUUUUUACUAGCCAAACAUUUAAACAUUUUAGCAAUUUAACAAUUUCUCCUCUUUCAAAAAUCCAAAAUGUACGUAAAAAUAAUUCAAUAAUAACUUAUUUUAACAAUGGAUUUGUCGCCAAGCCCAGUUUAAGACAACACACCUUUUAUACUAUAAAUAAUAAUAUUAGGAAUAUUGAUAAGGGAGGAAUAAAAAAAAAUUCUAUAAACAAAAAAAAUAUAUGCACAAGCAAUAUAUUAAGUACACAUUUUGGAAAAAAUAUGAACAUGUUCAUAAAUUGUUUACAAAAUGUAAAUUAUAACAUAUGGAAUUAUAGUAAUCAUUUUACAAAUAAUAAUGGUACAGAUUUUAUAAAAAUAUUUAAAAGAAAUAAAAUGGUUAAAACUAGUUCCUAUCGAAGGAAAAGUAGAAGUUCACCAAAUGGGCAAGGCCAAAAAGCUAAAAUUGGAAUAAAACGAUUAAGCGGGGAAUAUGUACAAACAGGACAAUUAUUAGUUAAGCAAAGAAAAAUUAUUGCAUUUAAUUAUGAAAAAAAAACAAGAAAAAGAAACUUUAAAUAUUAUCCAGGUGAAAAUGUAAAAGUAGCAAAAAAUACAAGUUUAAUAUCUUUGACAAAUGGACGAGUUAAAUAUACAUUUCAUGUUUUACAAAAUAUAUUAAUUGUUAAUGUAAUUCCGGAAGAGCUAGAAGAAUUACAUGAAGAUGAUCUAUACAGAUAUAGAACAGAACAUAUAAAAUCCUUUGAAGAAAAUCGAAGUUUAAUAUAUUUAAGAAUGAAAAAUAUUAUUACAUUUCCUAAAUUUAAAAACACACAAUAUAUUAAACCUCCAAUUAAACCACAAUUUUUGACAAAAUACGAUAUUUAUGAUAACCCAACACUAAAAGAGGUACCCGUUUUAUAUCACAAAAAGGAUUGA